UUAAACAAACACAAAGGAGGCAUAAGGCAAGCAAGGGAGCCGUUUCAAAGGCAAAUCCUACUAAUUACUAAUAAAACUAUUACGAAUUGUCGCGUGCAAGUAUGACUGUGACACGCGAGCGCCAUUAUCAUGCGUUGUAUCCUAGAAAUGGCAGCGGAAGCAACCCCUCAGACCAGCAGCAACAAAGCCUCCUCUGGUACCCUGUGCUGGGCCCUAAAUUGUUAUACAUACAGAAACAGGAUCACGAAAGAACAAGGGAUCACGUUUCACAAAUUUCCUGGCAAGAACAAAGAGCGUGACCGCUACCUCACUUGGGUUAGAAACUGCAGAAGGGAUAAAGAGCCAAACAAUGGAUCACGCAUAUGCAGCAAGCAUUUUCUGCCGAAGUAUAUUUUCAAACCUGCUGGUAUGCAGAGGACUCACCUGACAGAAGAUGCCUGUCCAACUGAAUUUGAUCUGCCAGAACACUUGAAGAUUUUCAAUGAUCCAUUACUUCAACAAACUGAAGAUAUUGCUCCAUCCCAUACAACAAAACCGCCUGGUACACCUGUACCAAGUACAUCUCAUGAAAAUGUACAAUCUGGAACUCCUGAGCCCUCUCGUAGUUGGCACUCGACAAAAAGAGGGUUAAAAAGGCCUACAGCCAGUGACAAGCGGCAUGAGGUACUUCAAGAAGCCCUCCAUCAGUUAAGAAACUUGUCUCAAUCUGAAGAGGGUGAUAACGAUGAUCAAAGUGAUUUUGGUAGUGUUGUUACCAGUGAUUUACUAAAAAUGAAUGAAGAAAAUAAGGUUCUUGCAGAGAAACUCAUAUCGCAAGUGCUUUAUAUCGGAAAAUUAGGCAAACUCUCAUCAUUGAAUAAUUAUGGCUGAAGGUAAGAAUUAUAUUAAGAGGAAGGACAUGU